AUGGGUGCUGGGCUGCCGUGUUGUUUGGCAAAGCAGGGCAGGACCAAACCCCACCCAUGCACCACCCUCUUUCCAAAUUCAUUUAAUAACCCCACGAAAAUUUGCCACCGACCUCAGCCAGUGAAUCUGCCUUUUAACACAUCACCCUCACCAAACCCGGGCUGGAAUCCUAAACCGAACACCGCCCAUUCCCUCUACCCCACGAUAUCCACUUUAUGUACAGAUGCGUUUCAUCCUCCAAACUCUCACACAUUUUAUUCUUUUUUUUUAAAUGUAUUAACAUCUAUCUAUCUAUCUAUCUAUCUAUCUAUCUAUCUAUCUAUACGUUUCUGUUCAUGGUCUAUCUAUCUAUACAUAUAUCACACAUUUUCUAAGUAUUUGUCUAUAAUUUAUCAGUUCAUUAUCUAUCUAUCUAUCUACUCCAGUCUUUUUCUUUCUAUCUAUCUAUCUACCUAUCUAUCUAUCUUAAUGGUUCAUAUUAUCUAUCUCUCUCUCUCUCUCAAUCUCUAUCUAAAAAUCAAUCUACACAUCUUAAUCUUAAUCUUCAGAUCUAUCUAUUCAUCUAUCUAUAUCUAUCUUAGUCUUUUGAUAUCUAUCUAUUAUCUAUCUAUACGUUUCUGUUCAUGGUCUAUCUAUCUAUACAUAUAUCACAUUUUCUAUCUAUCUGUCUAUAAUAUAUCAGUUCAUUAUCUAUCUAUCUAUCUAUCAUUCUAUCUAUCUAUCUAUCUAUCUAUCUCCAGUCUUUUAUAUCUAUCUAUCUAUCUAUCUAUCUAUCUAUCUAUCUAUCUAUCAUUUACCACUGUUCAGUAUCUGUUUCUCUCUCUCUCUCUAUCUAUCUAUCUAUCUAUCUAUAUCUAUCUAUCUUUUACCGCUGUUCAUUAUCGAUAUAUCUAUCUAUUAUUCACCACUGUUCAUUAUCUAUAUACUAUCUAA